AUGGCGGAUGAAUUAGAUGGAUUGCCGCUGAUCCAAUAUGUUGGAGUGGAUCGUAUAACAGUGGAUUAUUCUUCAUCAGUUUCUCCAUGGCUACUAAAAAGCAAGUAUUAUAAACGCAAUAAACGUUUAUAUCACAGGGAUAUACCACUUGAAUCUCCAAGAAUUCUGCCGGUUUCUUAUUAUUCUGGAUUUGUAAAUCAAUAUAAUGGCGUUUGUAACCACCUUGCACACGCAGCUUCCAACAGAAAUAAAUUCCCCAACGUUUCACUGAAAUGGUUUCCUAAUGGUAAGACCCUACUUGCAGGUACUCAGGGAGGAAAAUUUAUCAUGUGGAAUGGUACCACAUUUCAGUUUGAUGAUAUAAAGAGAUUUCCUGUGGGAACUGGGAGUGUAACAUGCAUUGAAUGGUCUCCAUAUGGAGAUUACCUUAUAGCAGGUGAUGAAUACGGCAAACUAGCUCUGUUAUCUCCAGCAUUGAGCUUAUUAAAUACCACUUUAUAUGAGGGUUUGUCUAAUCCAAUAUUAGACAUAUCAAUUUCCCCCAAUGGAACGAAAUUGUGUGCAUGUGCAGAUACAUAUUCACCACACAUAUGGGACGUUCAACAGUGUGAACUAGAGGGUUUGUUAACUGGUGAAAAUAUAGGAUCUACCAGUGUAACCUGCCUACAAUGGCAUCCGUAUAAGUCACUCAUAGCGACUGGGAGUAGAAUAAAUGUGGUUUCCUUAUGGGAUCCCUUGUCUAGAACACAAAUUUCGUCUUUUUAUGCUCAUAAGGCACCGAUAUGUAAAAUAUCAUGGAACCCUGCUGGUAACACUUUUAUUACGGCUGGGAUAGAUGGGCUAGUAAAGCUUUGGGAUUUGAGAUAUCUGAAACAGCUUUUGGUAUACAAGAUCUCUACAGCUGCGGAGGCUGCCAUACCGAUCAUAAUUGGACCAAAUGUUCUAAAGACAAAUAGAAUCGUUACUAUGCCGACAAGCUUGGCUUGGAACCCUGUACAAACUAAUAUAUUUGCAGUUGGAGACAACAAGUCGCGAAUCAUGCAUUUCACAACGGAUUUUACAGAUCCAGUUUCAGAGGUAGAUUUAUGUCAAAUAGAAGAUCGUCAUACUAGUACACUCGCAAUGGAUUUUCACCCAUUUGGUCAUUUGUUAGCUACAUGUUCAGAUGACAAGUUCGUAAGGUUUUGGAGUAGAUCUAUGCCUGGUGGUGACAACCAGAAGUUUAUACAUGCCAAAGAUUUAAACGAACCAGAUCAUGUCAAGUAUUUUUCACUCUCAAGAUUUAAUUUUAAAAAUAAGAUAGAUGUAGAUGAACUUCCAUCUGUAGCUAAUUUUGAUAAAUAG